AACUCUCGGAGGGAUUCCUCGGUUAACGCUCCGAAUAUGACAUUAUCAUCGGUCACAACCCUCUCGAAGCUGGCUACGCGUCUCGCAGGGGCUACAUAAGCACUAGGACGCAACCGGCGCACGGAUCCCCUUUCCCGCUCAUGACAGUUACACUCAUUCCUGAUGUAUAUUUUGAGGAUCACAUCGUUGACUCGUAUGAGUGGGCGCUUUGGGGCAUCUUCUUCGGUGCCGUACUCUGUGGCAUUUCGAUCAUGCAGACAUGGACGUAUGUUCACAACAACAAUGACCGACUGUCCUUACGUGUCUUCGUCCUGGUUACCGUACUUUUCGACACCGCAGCGAUUGUAUCAGUGCCUUUCGCGUUCAUAAACUUUAUCGAGAGCUACGGAGACAUUCCUGCGUUGUUGAAGGUUCCCGUAGCCUUCCCCAUCGAGACCUCCCUAUCGAGCAGCGUCAUAUUCAUGGUCCAGAUCUACUUCGUUCACCAGCUUUACGUCCUGUCGCAACGAAUGACCUCCAGGUUACGACCGCUGCGAGUCGUCGCUGGAUUUUUCACGUGCGCGGGAUUCGUGCUGAGCUGGCUCAUGAUCGCCGCCUCCGUGAUCGCCCCUGACAUACCUCAUUUGAAUAGUGGAUCGUUUUGUUUUUAUACCUUGUUCUGCAGCAUCGCGUUGCUUCUCUCUGACGUGCUCGCCACAAUUUCCUUCUGUUCUGUCCUACAGAGCUUCAAGACGGGCCUUGGCACAGAUAACUUUCUCAAGAAGCUUGGCUUUUACCUUCUUGUCCGCGGUUAUCUAGUGACUGCGUGCCAACUGGUGACGUUGAUCCUCUUUCUUUGGCGUCAUGUGGGCAUGGAGUGGACGUUAUUUCACAUCCUAUUAUCGAAAGUCUACGUUAUCACAAUGCUGGCCAUGCUCAACUCUCGCCGGCAAUUGAGAGCGUUGCUCGAAGACGUCUCUGUGAGCUUGCCGCCGAUCCCAUCGGGAGGGGAACUCCGGUUUGCGGACGUGUCGACGUGGGUCGUGGCGGUACGCACCGGUCAGACAGUACAACUUGAGGAGGACUCGGACGUGAUCACAGGUCCUUUCUUGAAUGACGACCACGAGCGCCACUCGGUAGACGUCACGGACUCGGCGGCAGACGACGAUGAAAAAGAUAUGAGCAUAUCCACUGCCUUCAUGCUCGUGGGCGACGAAAAGAAGGUCACCCGAGAUGUCGUGAGCAAUAUGGUAUGA